ACAAACAAAGCGAGGCGUCGUUCUUGGGUAAGGGGGAAAUGCGAAUAUUAUGUAGCUAAAAUUGUUGAAUGUAGUGAAGGAGAUUGAAUGAAAGUAGACGGCUUCACACCAGAGUCCUUGCUUCGGCACUGCGCGACAAAGCUAGCCGAGUAGCUUCCGAGACUGAAGAUCAGGGACAUUAGUGAAGCCCUGGGAUGUUUACAGACAUGGACUACGAAUUGGAAGAAGACAAACUAGGAAUCCCCACCGUUCCAGGCACUGUGACUCUGAAGAAGGAUUCUCAGAAUCUCAUAGGGAUCAGUAUUGGAGGAGGUGCCCAGUACUGCCCCUGUCUUUACAUAGUGCAGGUGUUUGACAACACUCCGGCCGCUCUGGAUGGGACCCUGGCAGCUGGCGAUGAGAUCACUGGGGUGAAUGGAAAACCUGUGAAGGGCAAGACCAAGGUGGAGGUGGCUAAGAUGAUCCAGGCUGUGCAGGGAGAAGCCACAAUUCACUACAACAAACUACAAGCUGACCCAAAGCAAGGGAAAUCACUGGACAUAGUCCUGAAGAAAGUGAAACAUCGGCUGGUGGAGAACAUGAGCUCUGGCACAGCUGACGCCCUGGGGUUGAGUAGGGCCAUACUUUGCAACGAUGGAUUAGUGAAGAAGCUGGAGGAGCUGGAAAGGACUGCUGAGCUUUACAAAGGACUGAUGGAGCACACUAAGAGACUGCUCAGGGCGUUCUUCGAGCUGUCCCAGACUCACAGAGCAUUUGGGGACGUUUUCUCUGUUAUCGGUGUUCGGGAGCCACAGGCUGCUGCCAGCGAGGCCUUUGUCAAGUUUGCAGAGGCCCAUCGCAACAUCGAGAAAUACGGCAUCCGUUUGCUCAAGACUAUCAAGCCUAUGCUGCAUGACCUGAACACCUACCUGCACAAGGCAAUCCCAGACACCAAGCUUACCAUUCGGAAGUACCUAGACGUCAAGUUUGAAUACCUGUCCUACUGCCUAAAGGUAAAGGAGAUGGACGAUGAAGAGUACAGCUGCAUUGCGCUUGGAGAGCCAUUGUAUCGGGUCAGCACAGGAAACUACGAGUAUCGGCUAAUAUUACGAUGCCGUCAAGAGGCCCGAACCCGCUUUGCGAAGAUGAGGAAAGACGUGCUAGAGAAGAUUGAGCUGCUGGACCAAAAACAUGUCCAGGACAUCGUCUUCCAGCUACAGAGGUUUGUCUCGGGCAUGUCCCGCUACUAUGACGAGUGCUACGCAGUGCUGAAGGAGGCAGAUGUGUUCCCCAUCGAAGUGGAUCUCUCCCGCACCAUGAUCAACUACGGCGGCCAGAACACCUCCUACGCUGAUGACGAAGAGGAAGAGGAAGGCCGCAGACGGGAGGGAGAGGAGGACCGGAGGGGGUCCAGCUGUCAGGCAGAGAAUGGAGCCGAAAAACUGAUUGAUGAUGAGUAACCAGUUACAUACUAGGUCCCCCACAGUAUUGGCACCUUUUGCCUAAAUUAACAUGAUUUUGUACAUAUCCAGCAAUAUCUUAAUCUUGGGAACAUAUCGAAUAAUCUCCUGAAAUUAACUGAUACAUUUAAUUUGAUGGUUUCUCUAUAUUAUGCAGUAGUUCAUCCAUUCAGCCCCUUUUGCUUACUGCCUACCUCUGCACGAGGAAUUGAAACCUAAACCAGAGCGGUUACCCUCGGUUAAUACCCUUCAUCCUUUGUGUUCCGGGAUUUUUUCCCCCACUGUAACUUGGAAACAUUAGAACUGCGUGAUCCACAAGGAGAGAGGCCUUCAGUGUCCGCAAGGUGCCAGUGCUCUCAUCUAGAACCUUCUCUGUUGUGCCUUUGCCUCCCUGCUCUGAGUUCUGAUUGCUCAACUACUGUGCCCUCACAGUGAGUGGCUGGCUCCAGACGCCAGGCGUUUUCUGUGCUUUGUGUUUACUUCAGGUUACUCUAACAUUGGGAAGCCCCUUCGGGAGCUCCUGGGCGUAUUUUGGUAUACUUCAUUGGUCACAUGGUAUACUUGUGUAGGAGAGUAUACCACUCUCGGUGGAACAUGAUGCUGUUCUCUGUGGAGUGGUAUAGCAUGUGGAAUCUGGUGUGUCUGUACUGAGCACCCAGCAUGCAACAAUUUACUGUUGCAACCAGCGUAUUUCGUUGUACCAUCUUGUGGAAGUUCUUUAUUCUUUGUUUGUUUUCUUGGAGGAGGCUAAGAGAGAAUUAGCUAAAACCUUU